UUGAUGUCGCUGGUUCGUUUUUUGAUUCUGUUCGACUUUAAUACGUGAUCGUGAAAUAAACAUUGGCAGAGAACAGGCCAUGACGCGUGCGGCUUUACCGCUAAGUAAAAAGACUUGAAAGAGUUAUGUUUACGAAUUUUUGACUUCACAAAAAUGGAAAUCGUUGACAUCGAAGAAUGCCAGCCCGACCCUGUUGCGGUCACUAGAAAGAAAAGUUUAUGGUCUAAAAUUAACAACAAAACAACUUACAGUUACUUGUUCAAUAUAGUUAUAUCAAUACUUUUAUUAACUUGUCUCGUUUUGGUGUUGUACUUUUUUAAAGAAUAUCUAAAGACUGUUUUAUAUUGGGUCGACGCUCAAGAUCCGUGGAUUAUUUUUUUGUUGUUCAUGUGUCUGUUUCUGAUCGUGAGUUUUCCGGUGGCUGUUGGUUAUUUAAUUUUAAUAAUAACGAGCGGAUAUCUGUUCGGGAUGCUGAAGGGCAUGGGAACUGUGUUAGUGAGUGCUAAUUUUGGCGUGGCGGUCGCGCAUUUUACGUUGAAGGCGUUAAGAGCGUAUCUUCCACUUGACAAACUGUUAAAGCAUGACACCGCAAGAGCUCUGCUCAAGGUUAUCUCGGGACCUCAAGCUUUUAAGAUUGUGUUCUUCGCGAGACUCACGCCGAUACCUUUUGGAUUGCAGAACACUAUUUUCGCUGUAAGCGACGUUCACGGUUGCGGCUACCAUCUCGCGACGAUGCUCGGUCUGCUACCGGCGCAGGUGAUCAAUGUCUACCUCGGCUCGACGCUCCGGUCAAUCCACGACGUGCUCCACGAGUCCCACGUCACCGGAUACAUCGUGUUCGCUUUCCAGAUAUUAAUCGGCAUUACACUGAUGGUGUGGGUCGUGCAAAAAGCCCGAAAAGAGCUCACCAUAGCGAUAAUGGCCGCGGAACUAGGCCGAGAAACAAUAUCGACGUCAAGCAGCUCCUCAAUCAGCUAGCCCACGGCGAAAGCGUCCACCGACAUGGACAGUGUCUCUGAAGAACGUCCCAGCUAGGGACGGCUGCUCAGGUGCCCCGUGUUACCCAGACCGAGAUGGAACCUACGUCUGAAUAAGGGCUCUGUACCCUGGUGAUAUUAUUAUAAGUUGACUGUGCCUCUAAGAGGAUUUUGAAAGUGAAUGAAAUGAGGUUUGUAUCUAUGUCGCCGCAUAGGGAUUGCUUCACGAAUAGCAAAGGCAAUUUGGUGAAUUAGCGAAGUCGAAAAUGAUUUUGCUUGCUGAAUAGUGGUGUAAGACAUAACAAAUAUUAAAUGAAUGCGACGUUAAAUUCACUAGAGUGAAAAUAACUCGUGCAUUAAUCUACCUAUUGACUGAUAUCCAAUACUAUUGAUACUCGUUUGCUUAUCAUAACACCUCUCUCAUAUUAACCGUGUUAUAGUUUCAAUUGCCUAUAAUAGAGUGACUUGCGCCACCAUAGAAUAGUCAAGCAGUGACUUAACGGGAUUCUCGUUAGUACAUAAAUAUGUGUUUCGAUUGGCAACUUGCAAUUUUCCUAGUCAUCACGGCCCUAUCAAUGGCUUUAUAGUAUGAUAAUACAUACGUCGUUUUUGUGUCGAAGGGUCGUUGAGCGACCCUUGGUCGGAACCGAUCGUAUUUUGAAUGAUUACAAUGUCUCGCAUGCAAAGUGACAUGUUUGCUCUCGUUUGAAAUGUUCGUAAUGCGUAGAGUUCAAUAAAACAUUGAAAUAUACAUAGAUAAUGUUGAAAUACUUCAGUGCCAUAAUCACAACGCGAUAUACUUCCAAACGAUUUCAUUGCGUGCUUUUACCCUUUGCAUAAUAUUACGGAACGGUGGGUAGUUGAAUAAGAAACUUUAUUUCUUCCGAAUUCGAGUUGAUACAUUUCAAUUGUUUUGAUUCUCACGUGAUUUAAGGGCGUGUUACACUAUUUUUUGUAGAUUUUCGAUAUUUAAUUUUCUCUGUAAUGUAGUAUGUACUUUUCGAGGUUGCAUCGUCUGAUGCGAAAGUAUUUCUACUGGAAACGGUAAAGUGGCUGUCCCGCCACUUAAACGAUGCAAUAAAUAAACAUUUUGAUAUGUAAUAAUUUUCUUAAGUAUAUAUUUAAAUGUUGACCUUCCGUAUUUCUUUACAAAGUUUUCUUGCCAUAUUUUUUCAUUUUGUAAUCUACAUAGGAAGUUAAUUGGCUUUUCUGAAAAUUUAAUAUAAGCCGUUGACGUUAAUUAUAAUUAACUUGUUGAUAGGAUCACAGCCGUAUGUUUUAUUCAUAACUUGAGGUUUUAUUUUUAUAACUACAAUUCUAUGGAAUGCCCUUUUCCAAUUUGCAUAAUUAACCUUUUGAAAUGAUUAAAAAUCUAACAAAUCAUUCUUAUCAUUGACGCACGUAGUAGAGACAAUUGUAAAGUUUUUUAUUAAUAGUAAUUUUAUAAAUAUUUUUAUCAAUGAUCCUUUUAAAAAAAACAAUGUUAUUAAGACGCCGCAAAACAGGUCGCAUUAAAGUAUAUUUUAGUAGUAAAAAAUGCUUCCGUACUCUGUAAAUUUUACUUAUUAUAAAUUUAAUAUUUAAAAAAAUUAUUCUCGACACUGGAACGGUAAGGUCGGAUGUCUUCGAUUUCAAAUAUCCAAAUUAAUUAUUUCAAACUGUAAUGGGACUACGAAAAAUUUCAAGUUAAUAUUUGUUUAAAUAAUUGAUCGAAUGUAAUGUAGAGUAACGUGUAAUAGCUAAGAAAAAUGAAAACAAGAAAACACAGUAAUCCGUAUGGAUGCAACAGAUUUGGCCUUAACGUCUGGUGUUGAGUUUUAACAUCGGUUUAACUGAAUGUGAGUAAUCCGAUAACUAUAAUCCGGUGUUUGAAAAACGAAUUGUCUGACGCUUAGGAAAUGUCAAAUUGACAUUGGGUCACGCCAGGUUUGUUCCUGUCAAACCUAGAAAAAGAAUUCAGAAAUAAUAACAAUUCGACUAAAUAAAAACCUAGUCAUUAUUAUGAUAGUAUGUAUAAUUACGUAAAUACGUACGAAAAUAAUUAACUAUAUUUAUUAAAUUAUACAUACUUUGUUUGAAUUAUUUUUUUAAAACUCACGUAUUUGCUACUGGAAAAAAACACUGUGUUACCUACAUAAAGAUGAUUUAUUUUAUUUUUGUAAUAGUUUACUUAUCUGACCUUUUGCCUUGUACGUAAUGAUAAAACUACUAUUAACAUGUGAUUGAUUAGUGAGUGUUAGUAAUUAAGUGAGUUUAAGAUGAAUGAAAAUUUAAGCCUUCUUAAAAAUAGCUUUUUUAAAAAUCAUAGAUACCGAAAGGUAUUAAAUGAUUUUGUAUUUAUUUUUGUCUACUCUGAGACUAAUAUACAAAUUACCAAUAAUAUUAAUAAUAGAGACGAACGCGGGACCUCUUUAAAAAUGGACACUCGAAGUUUCUCCUUUGUAAUAUGAAAUACCGACAACAAAGCCAAUAAAAUAAAAAACAUCCCUACAUUAAUAAUUUUAAUAAGAGUAUCUAGGUGAAACUAAAAAUUGUUUUCUCUUGUCACAACAAAAUGCUUUUCCUCCCCAAACAUAAAAUUCUUUGCCGCGAUAUUAACGUGAGAUUAUGAAUGGAACCAAAUAGGUUAAGUGAAUGCAUGUCUAAACUUUUUGAUAAAAAUAAAUAUUUUUCGGCGAAAACGCGUUUACCGCUAUAUUUUUAUUCUAACUGAUCUGAGUGUUCUGAGAUUAAAAAAUGCUUUGUUGAGACAUUUUUUCAUUAUUUUGUUAUUAUUUAAUAGGUGUAAGAAUGUUAGUCAGCUAGUUAUUUCUAUUAUUAAAAUAAUUAUUAUAUUAACAUGAUAUGCACUAGAUAAGGAAACAAUAACAUCACAAUAAUGUAAUUAUUGUACAUAAAAAGUAGAUUUUACAGUAUGAAUCCUUUAUUUAUUUUUUCUCAAUUCGGUCGUAAAUAAAUUAGAUGAAAUCUAAUUUUAAAAAUGAUUCUGUCUCUACAAAUCCCUUUUUAGAAAUGUUGCCAAAAUUAUAUCGAAACUAGCUCAUUAGCUUUGCACGUCAAUAUUUAGUAAAUGUACGUAAUAUAGUAGUACAUUUAGUAAUCAAACAGAAUUCGAUUGACGCAUUCCGAAUAGCACAUGUGAUUGAAUUCAACGUCAACUAAAAUACAUAUGUCAAUGUCAAAUGUCAAUUUGACAUAACU